ACACGUCACGCACGUCGCCGUGAGGUGACGCGGCGGUGACGUCGCAGAGGGGGAAGUUGUUGUUGUUUUUGCUCGUCUGUUGUAACAGUGGAUCAGUAACCGGUGAAACCAGAGUCUCUGGUCCCGGAAUAAAGACAAUAAUAUGCCAAUGAGUCUCUCGUGUAGUUGAGGCUGUAGUUGAUGAAGGAAUGGAGGUGCUGGACAGUCCUCUCAAUCUCGCCCAUCAACAGUGCAGGAAAGCAGACCGCUUGCUAGCUGCUGGAAAAUUUGAAGAUGCCAUCUCCUGCCACAGAAAAGCUGCAGAACUUCUCAAGGAGGCCAUGAAGCUCACCGAGUGUGAACAGGCUCGCUUGUCUCUGGAGCUUCAGCGGGAUAGUCACGUCAAGCAGCAGAGGCUGAUCGAGGAGCAGUGGAAACGAGCGAAGCGAGAGGACAAACCCAGAACGCUCCAACACGUCCCCGCUUCAGACCAGACGCCGCGCCGCCACCUACAGUCGGGCGGAGCCGCCACAGACGUCUCCCAACCCUCUGAACGUGAGUACGACACCUGGCUGUACCUCCUAAAGAACAAAGGCACUGUCUCAGAGCCCUGCACAGGCAGCAAAGCCCAGAAAGACGACAAAACCCGACUAGAAGAGCAGCAGACCACCAUCGACGACCUACGCAACCUGGUGGACCGGCUGGUGUCUGAAAACGAGCAGCUGAAACGGGAGAACGAGCAGCUGCGGGCGGAGAACGCGCGGUUGAAGAAGGAACCCUACGCCGACGCCGACUUCGUGGAGCGGUCGGAGCUCUGGGUGCUCCCGCAGACGGCCGAGGAGCGCAAGGCCAAGGACAUUCCCAUCCCGCAGCUCCCUCCGCUGGAGAUGCCCACUCAGGAGAUCUCUCUGGAAGACCUGCCCGGCCUGGAGCUUCCUGAGGACAUCCAGCAGGAGCUGCAGGAGCUGCUGGACGGGGAGAAGCUGUGACCGCUCACGCACCAAAGGGAGACUUCCAUCGCCAUCGCGUGCCGGCGAAGCACGUCCACGUGAAGGUUCACGACUUCUCAGCGGCGCCCCGUUGCAAUUGGAUAUACAAUGAAAGAUGACUCUUUUUGAAGUACGUGUGCCUUUUUGAACAUUUCUAAUGCGUUUUUUUGAUGAAGUACGAGCGAAAAGGGACAUCGGAGAUUCUGUCGAGCAGAACUUUUUAUCAGCAGGUGCAAAUCUUGCAAAAUCCCACUUUGAAUCGAAAACUGUUUCCUACACAGACACUGUGAACUACAUUCAUAAUGUGUGUGUGUGUGUGAGUGAGUGUGCGUGAGGGUUUUGUGCAGUAUCUGUUGAUCAGCACCAUCGAUGUCGACGUUGUGGUUAUGCAGUUUCAGUCGUCUAUCAACAGCGCAGAUUUAGGGCAUAGAGGAAGCCAAGAGGCCUCGAUGCAAUUAGUUAUGCAUUCUGUUUCCGUACACUGAUAACCAGCUUGCAGCACUUGUUUUGCCUUAUUGCAGUUAGUACGAAGCCCAGUCACGAUGUCAUCUCUGGACAAUUUGUAGCAACCUGUAAAACGCAGACGCUGUGGAUUAUUUACAGGGUAAGGGACUUUGAGACUGAACAUGAGUGCAUUCGGAACUAUAAGCAAUAAUCAUGUCAAGUGCUACAGAAUCACUCAUGGUUUUGUUGUUUCUCAUCUCCGCUCACUUCUCUGAAUUCCUGCUCCGCUGGCUCCUCUCUUUGGACCUGUGGGAAGUCUGGAUGAAUCGUUUCGACGCUUCGUUUGUACUGUUCUCAUCAGUCGAGGAUUCACGGUGUUAAUAUUUUCAGGUAACUGAUUGCACAAUCAUACCUUGCUCUAACAAUAAACCAGGUUCACUCCUCACACUAAUCACAAGCUACCGACAUGUGCCAGACGCGCUUGGGAAGAGAUGAAUUUGUGGCUCAUAUUUGUGUCAUGAAGAGGGAACCAAAACCACAUUUUGCUCUUUUUAUUAUUAUUGUUAUUAUUUUGUUUUUAAUUCAAUGUUUAAUUACUGGUUUACCACAGUAAUCAGGGUGCAUCAGAUUGUUUUGUUAUUUUACGUUUUGUUUUGUGAUGUAAAAAUCAAUGAAAAUCAUAUGACAGAAGUGUUUUGAUGCAUGAAUGGCUGUUCUACGGUAGCUGUACGUAUAUGAUUAAGAUAUUGAAAAUGAGACUUUAUGUAUAAUUCUUUUGUGAGUUUACUUGUUCUGACAAGCAUUAAAGAUUUUAACAAGUGGCAGCAUAAA